CACAGACAAAAAUGCGCACCGGCGGCGUCUGGGACAUGCCAGUAGUUUCAGCUAUCACAGCUAUAGCGUGUGUUUACAAGUUAACCAGGAGUUUGAAGUGCAGGCGGAGUUGCAGCUUUUGUCGGGUUCUGCUUUUUGAAUCAUAAAAGCAAAGUUGACUAAAUAGAGGUGCUGCGCGUACCAGACAGGUUUAAACAUUAACAACCACGCCAGUGACCUAGUGCAUGUGGAAUGGCAGCUUCCCGGCUGGUGAAAGGUAUUCUGAAGAACAAGAACAGCGGGACAGGCAUCAAAGUGGGCCCGUCCGAAGAAGUACCAGUUGAGACUUCAGAACAAGCGGCGCUUGGACUUCUGGAGGAUGACCCACAGAAGAAGUCACAGAAAUGGGACGAGAUGAACAUACUGGCAACGUACCACCCGGCAGACAAGGACUACGGGAUGAUGAAGAUCGAUGAGCCUAGCACACCCUACAACAGGAUGGUGGAGGACGAAGGGGCGCACAGCGACUCAGAGGGCAACGUGCCCAACGUGGACGACCUGGCCUCGAAAUUGGCAGCAGCAGAGGGAAAGGAACCGCGCUUCAUGAGAGAGGAGGAGGAGAGUAGUGAAGAAGAGGAAGAUGAACUAACCCCAGAGGAUCAAGCGAAAAAGAAGCAGUUUCAAAUGAUGAGGAAGAUGCAUUACAACGAGGGCCUCAACAUCAGGAUGGCCAGGCAACUCAUAGCUAACGAAUUGGCGGAAGAAGUGGACGAGGACGAAGAGAUGAGAGACGAAACGGAGGACAUCAACGUAGACUCGCCGCAAGACGCUCUGGAUUCCUAGAGGAGGACGCGCCACCUCUCCUGUCCCCAGCCUGUCUCUGCUUCUGACACAUUUAAGAGACACUUAGCCACACAGUGCCAGGCCAUAGAGCAGACGGACACCGCUUCACAAUCUUCCCUCAAACAACCCCUGUUCAUGCUUGUGUAUAUUUCCCAGUAACACUGAAAUUCAAAGCAUUUUCACCCUGCUGGUUGCUUCUCUUCAUUGCCAAGAGUCCCUCACAAAAAGUUGUCAUUGCCUCAAAGGAACCAGACCUCAAGGAACGGAGACCUAAAGACUGUUAUUGUCAGUGAGGACUCCUGCCUUGCUCGCUCUCUGUCCAUCUCUUUGUCCCGGCUUCUCCUGAGCAUCUGGUCGAAUGCUGUCAGAAAGAACAGCAGCACCCAUUGGAUUUCUCAUUGAAUGAAAGUGGUGGAAUUUUUUGCUGACGGAGGUAGGAGGGAUUUGGUCUCUUGAUGUUUGUCUUGUUCCUUCUGUCCCCAUACCUGUUUUUUGUUUCAUUUUUAAUUUGUUUUAACUACCACCAGAACCUUCAUUGGAGAAAUCUGAAACCUUGAUGAGCUAGCUGCGGUUUUCUUUUUUUCUUCUGUUUUUUUUCCUCCGUUCCAAUCUUGGAUUUGGUGUUAUCUGGAAUGGAUAUAGGAACGGCAGACUGCAUUUUUAACCAGCCCACGGGGCAUCUCGAUAUCUAAGGUGUCCAGCAUUCGACUCAGUCCUACACAUAUUUACACGCCCACUCUAGGAUUUGGUACAGACGCAUGUGCACUGACUAAUAGGAAUAGCUAUGUUUCCAACAACAUACCAUUAUCUUAAUAUGGUGGCUAAUGUACUGACAUGGACAGCUAAACCUAUUUAUGCUCAUGCAAUAAAAUGAUAUUAAUUUAUUAUGUAUUGCCUUGUGAUGACAGAAAUUAGGUCAUUUCACACAGGACUACUGCAUGUCAAAAUGUAUAUGUAGAUGGUCAUGUUUGCCAUUAUACUUAUAGAACCCAGCUGUAUUAAGCAUGGCUACUAAAGCCUUGUGGCCAUCUGCACUAAUGCGACAUUUGCUCACUAAGCUAAUGAGGGAUAGCAUUGGGGAAAUUAACCCCAGAGAAGGUUUGUACUACUGAUAAGCAGGGGUGUAUUUGCUAGGAACCAAACAGCUAAAAUGGCAAGAGAUUAAUCUGCACUUGUCCAAUAACAAAAGAUUUUUGCUACGGUGUCCACUAAGGAAUACACCCCAGGAUUGUGUCCAAUACAGUAUCUGACAUUUUGUAUAAAGUGUAUGGUAUUGUACCAUGUCCUUGAUUAGGAACAAUUAUCCCCCAUUUUCAUUUUUGCGACCUGCUACCUUGCUGAUAAAAUGAGUGAUAUCUGGGCAACCAAGACAGUUAGCUAUUGUCACCUUGAUGUGCAUGUGAACUUUUGAGAACCACAGUCCUCCCAUGAUGACUAAGUUUCUCUUUUCUUUUUAUAGGCACAUAAGAAAAAAUAUAUUGUUCUAUCAGGACAUGUAGAGAUGGUUUCAUCUUUUCUUCUCAGAACUAGACCUGAGCCCUUUCGUUUCACCUGUCUAAAUGGCCAUAAAAGGCUAUCCAUUGGAUUCUGUCCUUACAAUCUCAAAAGCUCACUACUGGAUCCUUUUGGAAAAUACAACACCCACAGGAAAUACUGACUGAUACACUGUAUUCCCACUUUGUUUUUUAGAUAUUUUUUAUCGUGUCUAUGUUAAGGGAAGAUUUAUUGACAAAAACCAACAAGUUAAUUUGAGUAAUUAUCUUAACUUAUGACUAGCUUUUUGUAAAAAACAACAACUUGUAUGAUACUAACUAUUGGUCGAUAUUACAAGGCAUAUGUGCCUAUAUAAUGUAUUUAUGUACAUGUCUAAGUGAAUAGGCUACGCUCAAUUUUACCAGUGCAGUUCAACGGCUUGGAUUCCCCUGUCUAUUUGUUGUUUAGCUUAAUUUUUACCAUGUUUUCUUGACACAUUUCAGUUGAAUGCAUUCAACUGACUAGGUAUCCCAGCCGCUUUCCCGUUCUUUACUAGGGACAGUGGACUCAGAUUCUGUCUCACAUGAUCAUUUAUCUGUCCCCAAAUAAUGGGGACUUGUUUGUUUUUUAGCUCUUUAAAUGGGAUUGUUCUUAAUUAUAAGUGUUUUAUUUUUGUCUCACAUUAAAAUUGUUUUAUGGA